CAUAGGGCGGAUCUUAUGGCGGCGCCCGACAGGCACUUCCGGCCGGCGGCGAUGUGGCGAUGGCGGCUCCCGCGGCCGCUGCCGGCCGGAGGAGGUCCCGGCGGUGUCACCGUUCCCCGGGCGGGCCUCAAGAAGUACGUGCUGCCUCCAGACUACAGCGGUAUCACCUUCCCGGAGAGGACGAAGCUGAAGUUCAUGGACAAGGUCCCGGCGGUGCCCAAGGUCAGGCGAGAGCCCCGGCGGCUGCGUGACAUCCGCGGCCCGUCCCGGGAGGCCACCGACUUCACCCAGGGGCAGUACGGGAUUCUGGCCUUGGGGGGUGGGUACCUUCACUGGGGCCACUUUGAGAUGAUCCGCCUGACCAUCGGCCGCAGCAUGGACCCCAAGACCAUGUUUGCCAUCUGGCGCGUGCCGGCCCCCUAUAAGCCGGUGACACGGAAGAGCCUGGGGCAUCGCAUGGGGGGCGGCAAGGGCCCCAUCGACCACUACGUGACAGCGGUGAAGAGCGGGCGGCUGGUGGUGGAGGUAGGCGGGCGCUGCGAGUUUGAGGAGGUGAAACCCUUCCUCACCCAGGUGGCCAGGAAAUUGCCUUUCCCCGCCGUCCCCAUCAGCCGCGACGGCCUCGAGCAGAUGCGGCAGAAGGAGGAGGAGAAGAGGCUCAACAACCAAAAUCCCUGGACCUUCGAACGCAUCGUCACCGCCAACAUGCUGGGGAUGCGCAAGUACCUCAGCCCCUAUGACCUGCAGCUAAAAGGACGCUACUGGGGCAAAUUCUUCCUGAAACAUAGGCUGUAACGAGCAACUGGGGAGGGGGCUGCCUUAAUUAAACCUUACCACAGGAA